AAUCCAUGUAUGCACGGAUUGUAUUUAAGUUAUGACAACUGUAAUCAUUUCCUCAAAUUGUGCUAUGUGGUCUCACUCUGUUUUACUCCUCGCCGCUCUUGCCUCAGUCUUGGCCGACACUUGCCCUGAUGGAUUCACGAUCUUAAGUACCAACAAAUGUGUGAAGCUGGUCACAGAAGCCUCAAAACACUCGGAUGCUACGGCUUAUUGCACAUCGCUAGGAGGAAACUUGAUUUCUGUUCACAGUGUUAUUGACAAUAACGCAUAUCAGAAAUUAGCUGCAGUUUCAGUAACUCCGUAUUGGCUGGGCAUCAAAUGCGCUCAGUCGGGAAGUCCGAAAUCUUGUUUGUGGGAUGAUCAGAGUGGAGAUGCGGGAAAAUAUAAUGGAUUUGCUCCGGGAUUUCCUCUUCUUGAGAUUGGAAGCUGCGUUUACGUGCCGACAAACAGCUCAUCCGCGGGAAAAUGGCUCAGCGGAGACUGUGACGCGAUGAUCUUGAACUUCAUAUGUGAAACAACACCAAUCACCAAUACCUGCACUUUUCAAUAUAAUGGAAAUUGCUAUUAUCCAUCGCAGUCUGCUCUUUCCGAACAAGAUGCUCAAUCGGCUUGUCAGCAAGAAUGUGGAAAUCUAGUAUCAAUUCAUUCAGAUGAAGAAAAUAAUUUUGUUCAAUCUUUAUUCACAACAAAUUCACCAACAUAUAUUCGAAUUGGAGCAAAGCACAGUAAUAAUCAAAACUCGAAUUAUUGGAUUGAUGGAUCAAGUUGGGAUUAUGAUAACAUUGGAUAUUCAAACCCAAAUCUCGGAAUGUGUUGGAGUAUGGCUCUCACGAAUGACACUAUUCCAGCUGGAAAAUGGAUUAGCAGCCAUUGUGAUACUUCUCUACCAUUUGUUUGUAAGAGAACAGUUGGAACCCAGUGUGGAGCUACUCCUGGCCCAACUCCGGCACAGUGUACUUCACCAAUGUUUUUGCAUAACUCUGGAUCUUUCUAUUCUCCCAACUGGCCAAACAGCUACCUUGGCGAUCAGUACCCAUGCACAUACAUCCUUGACACUCCAAUCGGCUCCCUUGUCCAAAUCCAAUUCCCAAUUCUGAAUCUGGAUUCCCAGGCGUCAAUUUCUCUUUACAAUCAUGUAGAGGACUCCACACCUUUUCUGGUACUUGAAGCGAAUUCUGCAAGCGAUCAGUGGUACACAUCGACAACAAAUACGAUGAGAGUAGUGUUCCAACUUUGCAUCUCACAUUGUUUAAAUGAUGGUGCCAACUAUAAUUGGAAAGCUGAAUUCAAGCCAUCCACAGCUGUUACAACCCAGCCACCAAUUACAGUAACCCCAAACCCGAAUAACCCGUCAGGGUGUAAUUCAAAUAUAAUGGCUCCAGGAUAUAUAUCAAGCCCGAAUUAUCCAAACUACUAUCCAAGCAAUGCGUUGUGUAGGUACCAUCUUUCUACAACUGUUGGAAACCGAAUUAAACUUGAUUUUGGAGCAAUUGACACUGAUCAAUGCUGUGAUUAUAUUUACGUGCAAGAUGGGGCAUUUACCGGAAGUCCGUUUAUUGCAAAUAUCAGUGGUACAUAUCCAGCGCACAUGAAAACCUUUCAGUCGACCUCUAACUUAAUGCUAGUCACUUUUAAAUCAUCUAUUUAUGAUAACAAAGAUUAUACAGGAUUCAGUGCUAAUUUUUGCACGAUUCAAAUUUGAUUUUUAUGUUUUUAUUCGUGGUGAAAUUUUAAAUAAAUGAUUACAUUCA